GCAACAGGUGACACAACAAGAGGGUUACUGGGCCUGUGUCAGCCUUUGCUUACUCUCCUGCUACCAGUCACCUUGUCUACCAGAGCCUGAGGGCCUGGAUUCUGCAACAGGUCACUGUUUCCUCUUCCUUCCCGCAGCCAUGCUUCCUAGUGGCCCACCAGUAGUCAGGCAGAUCAGUGAGUCAGUGGAUGUCUGAAAGUUGACUUGAGCAUAAGCAUUGAGAUGUUUGGCCAUUUGAGAACUGUGAGGAGGUUGUGUCUGGAGAAAAUAUUGCUGCAGUGGAUUCUUCAAGCAAGAGCUUUGUCAGGGGCUGAUGCCAUCAAUGCUCUCAGACCUUUCUAUUUUGCUGUGCAUCCAGAUUUCUUUGGCCAGCAUCCUAGAGAGAGGGAAAUCAAUGAAAACUCUCUGAAGAGGCUAAAUGGUUAUUUAGAGAAUAUACAGAAACCAGGAUAUAAACCUUUUACACCAACUCGUCUCACAUUUUACGUGAGAGAGAGAGAGCACAAUUCUUCUAGUGUCCAAGAAUCCCUCAGUCCUUCAGGAUUUCGAGCAGUCAGUUUUACUUUGCACACCAAGGACCUGCUAAGCACAGUAUUAGAUAUUCUCAACUCCUGCAGCUUAUCUACUGAACAUGUUCAGAGUCUGAAUGCUAGUGUGGACUCUCAACCCCACAAGGAAACAAAAGGGACAUUCUACAGGCCAAUCAAAUGGGACAAGACUUAUUAUUCAUUUACUGGAUUCAAGGAUCCUGAGGAAGAAUUGGAGCAAGCCCAGAAAAUGGAAACUACCCUAAUUUCCUGGCUAGAGAAUAAUGAAGAAAGUGCAGUAAAGAAGCUGAAGAACAGCUUGCCACGUAGAAAAGAACUAGAGCGUUUAAAAAGUGAACUCUGUCAUCAACUGCAGCUCUCUGAUAUCAGAUGGCAGAGAAGUUGGGAUAUUGCUCAUCGUUGUAGCCAGCUGCACAGUUUAAGUCGUUUAGCUCACCAGAGACCAGAAGUUCUAAUGAAUGUUAAAGGAUACACAGUUAUAUUUACAGAUUGUUCAGGUCUGAGUGCAACAGGCCACAUAAUGCUUGGGACCAUGGAUGUUCAUCACCACUGGACCAAAAUUUUUGAGAUAUUGCCAAACUAUAAUAAACUUCAAAAAAAGCUGUUGCUUCUGGAGGACCGGAUAAGCCAUCUACUAGGAGGCAUACAAAUAACAUAUAUUGAAGAACUUCAGCCACUUUUGACUCUUGAAGAGUAUUACACUACUCUUGAUGCUUUCUAUACUAGGUUACUUAAUAGUAGGCUACUUUUUCACCCUCGUAGUCUACGGGGCUUGAAAAUGAUUCUAGAAAGUGAUAGGUAUGCCCCAAGCUUGCAUGAACUUGGACAUUUUAGCAUCCCAGCAGUUUGCGAUCCAGCAACCCUUCAAUGGUUUAUUAUUACCAAAGCACAACAAGCAAGAGAGAAUCUGAAAAAAAAAGAAGAGCUGAUGAUGAUGGAAAAGGAGCUAAUUAGUACUUCCACUGAAAAAUUUUCCCUGAAACAGCUGUAUAAGGAGCCCAGUGUUUCCAGUGCACAGAUGAUAAAUUGUUGUAAGCGACUGCUAGAAGAAUCACUACCAUAUCUACAAGGCAUGCACCUCUGUGUUUCACACUUUUACUCUGUGCUGCAGGAUGGAGAUCUUUGUAUCCCUUGGAACUGGAAAAGCUGAGGACUUGUCUGUUAAUGAUAUGAAUUUGUUUAUUUUCUGUAAGAAGCUAUAAAUGCAAAUUAGAUUAUUUUUAGUGUAAAUUAUUUAAAUCUGUAUUUUGAUAUCAGUAUUCAACCCAAGACUUUCUUUAACUGCUGCUCAGAAAAUAGGAUUGGAGUCCUAGACUGUUGUUGAAUAAUGUCCAGUAUCUCCAGGUCUUGCACAGUUUCUAUACUUAUCUACAAAUCCCAGCAUGGAGUAAGGGUCAUUAAAAGGAUAUUUUUUAUAGUAAUUUAAGCAAAACUUUUGAAUUAAAUCUGAAGGUUGCAAAAGGUUGCAAAAAUGUGUGUGGAUUU